AUGGAACACCCGCUUCGAUCGAUUUCGUCCAACGAACGGUGAUUUUUCUUGAUAUUUCAAUUACAGGUAUUUUUAGGCUUUGAGGAGCUCCCUUGAACGCGCACAAGAUUAUCCCGACGACAUUUAUAAAAAACUCGACCCGGACAAACUUAUCGAUGCUUUCGGCGUGUAUGGAUUGUUAGUGAAUUUGAAUCCUUGAUUAGAAUCCACUGCUCGCACGUAGAAUUACGAACGCCGGACCUGAAACGACUUGCGCUAUGACAUCGAAAACUCGAUUUUUUGAGCAAUUCCACGUGCGACCAGUGCGUUCCAAGUGAUGUCGAAUCACCUAUCCAUGAUUUUCAGUUAUCAAAUGUUCACUUAUACAUUGGUUCAAACGCUCAACUUUUUCUACUCCUCAUCAAUCUACAUCAUGUCCUACAUUCAAAUGACUCUCGUGUUACAGUGUCACGAGACGUCUACGGUAGGUUACGGUAAAGAUGGAAAAACCUACAGUAACCAAUAGACUGGUACUGUAGACAAGAAGAACCAUGGUAAACGUAGCAUAACGAUUUGAAAAUAAUUUGAUCCUAAGACUUUCCGAAUUAGCAUAGAUACUACAGUACUCCCCACCUACCGUAACUUUUAGUGUUAAAAGACGUCUACGGUGAGUUACGGUAAAGUUAGAAAGAUCUACAGUAACCAAUAGACCAACACUGUAAAUAAGAAGAACCAUGGCAAAGGGAACAGAACGCUUUGAAACAAAUUUGCUCCAAAGACUUUCAAAAAUACCGUAGAUCCUACAGUAUUCUCUCCCCCCCCCUACCAUCUUUUAGUGUCCCAAAACGUCUACGGUAGAUUACGGUAGAGUUGGAAAGGCCUACAGGUACCAAUAGACUGGUACUGUGGACAAGAAGAACCAUGGUAGACCCCACAGUACUUUCCACCUACCGUCACUUUUAGUGUCAAAAGUUUACCGUAGAUUACGGUGAAGUCAGAAAAAUUUACAGUAACCGAGACUAGCACUGUAAACAAGAAGAACCAUGGCAGAUGGAAUAGAAAGCUUUAAAGUAAAGUUAUUUCUAAGAUCUUCCGAACUUCAUAGAUCCUACAGUACUCCCCAUCCACCGUAACCUUUACAGAAGGAGAAACUACCCAUCGGAGACACUUGCAACAUCGAAUCGCACACCAAUCCAAAUAUUAGCUUCGAAAGCUUGUUCGACGAGACUUGCGGCCUUCAUCCCGAAACCAGUUUAACGUCUUCUAAGUCACCGUAGUCGUUACUGUAUUCGUUGUUCUACAGAAUUUUCAACGAAACAAGAAAAACCAAUCUACUGGUGGAGUUUGACUUGACGUGUGCUCAUUGGGUGAUACAGGAGCUCGGCCUCACCGUCUUCACCAUUUGUUUUAAUUCCCCACAGUUUUAAGAACAAUAUUUCCAAAUUUAUAGCCGCGAUUUUCGCCGUCCCUCUAAUGUGCAUGCUGGCGGAUAAAUAUGGUCGUCGACCGGUUAUUUUGAUAUCGGCCUGCGUUGCGUUAGUCUUACCUCAAGAUUACUGUAAUUUUCGCUUCAGGUUCCUGGCGAAUAUGAUGGCUGCCGCCUCGCCGAACUUCACUUGGUUUCUGAUAGCUCGCGCCGUCGUUGGAGCUGCUAGUGACGUCAUUUCAAAAUUAUCGAUUUAUUUUAUCAAAGUAUCGAUUUUCAGACGUACUUGUCUGUUGCGACUGUCGCCACGUGUGAAUUCGUGUCCGAGAAGGCUCGUGUUUGGAUUGUGCUGAUUUAUAAUGUCGCUUGGGCGUUGGGGAUGUUGUGGGUGAGUUUUUGGGGUUUUAAAAACGCAUACAUUGGGUAGAGUCGGAAUGGGGGGUAAUAGGGAAGGGAGAGGCUCAAAAAAGGUCGCAGAAAGGCAGCAAAAAGAGUCCCUUUAUCGAGAUUUUUCCACCCCCCUCCGACUUUGCCUAUGCUUCAGGCAGGGUCUUGGGGUGCGAAAAUGGGAAUAUAUUUUUUCUCCUUCCAAUACUGGGUAUUUAAGCUUUUUUGUAGGGAUGAGAAUAAUUCGAUAAUUUGAAUUUUUUCAAAAUGUACAGGUGCCCGUCGUGACCUUUUAUCACGGAUGAUUGGCGUUGGAGGUACGCCAUCACCUCGGCACCAGGAAUUUACUGUGUUCUGCUUUAUUUGUGAGUUUGAAUUUGUAAAAAAAUAUUCUGAAGGCUUUUUUUGAAGCAUAAGCUUUUUUCUUGAUUUCACAUUGAAAUCUUUCCCAUUAGUCCACUUUCAUAGACUUUGAGAGAUAUAGGCCCCAAAAAAACUUGGCUGAAAAAUUCAGUUAUAUACUUCGAUACUUUAGAAUUUCAUAACCCUGAACUUCUGCCUUUCUUCGUUUUUGUUCAAAAAAAUCUCAAAAUUUGAGCUUUCUCCCGGAAUCUCCACACUGGAUGCUGCAUCACAACAAAGUUGACGAGAUCAAAAAAAUACAUAGCAAUUUCCAGCAAGUAUAUUUUUUUCUUUUUUUGUGGUUAAUUUUUUUAAAAAUUUUUGGAUUUCAGAACAAAUAAUAAAAUAAUUGAUUUGAACGACUGCAUCCUCACCGAGCAUUAUGAGAAAAAACAUGAGGUUUUUUUGUGAAUAAAAAUCAUGAAAUAGGGUAAAUUCAGUCACUUGUUGCUUUGCUCAAGAGCCCAAAAAUGCUGAUGUUACUUACGAUUAACGGAUUUUUACAGUAAGUUAUAUUUUUUCACGUUGUCGCAUUUGAAAUGGGUCGAGGAUAAUGAAAUAAUGAUAAUUUGUAAGAUUCGCGAUUUCGCUCAUCUAUUUUGCCAUUUCUUUCCUCUCUGUGGACCUCAGCGAUGACAAAAUCACUGGCUACGUUUUCUCAAGCCUUUUGGAGAUUCCAGGUAUCAAAUUUCAUCAAUAGGUUUAUUAAAAAGGUUAAUAUUUCAGGAGGAAUCGCCGCGAUGCCUUUGAUGAUUUGGCUUGGACGCCGAAGUUUGACCAGCGUCGCCUUUAUUCUUCAAGGAAUUGCCCUGGUUAUUGCUGGAUUUGUUAUGGGUCCCUGAAUAAUAUUAUAUAGAGGUAUUUAAGGUGAAAAGCAAUUUUUAGAUGUUCACAUUUCCCGACUAAUUGUGAUGCUCAUUGCGAAGGCUAUCGCUUGGUCAGUUCCAUUAAAAUAUUAUUUUUUUCAUUUUCAAAAUGGUUUUGCAAAACUCAAAACUCAUUGGUUUUAAGUUUUGCAAAACCAUUUUUCUCUUGGCUACAAAAUAAAAGAAUCUACUUACAGCAUAAUCUACAGUGUUCAUCCAAUCUGGGCUAACGAACAAUUCCCAACUUCCGUCAGAUCUUUGGCGUACUCCAUCAUGAACAUUCCGCAGAGCAUGGGCAUUAUUGCGUCGCCUUAUCUGAAACAUUUGGUAAUAAUUUGAAAAUUCAAUAUAUUUAUUUUUUUAUAUUAUGAAAAUUUUGAAAAUUUCCUUUUUUUCCGCGUUUGAUCGUUGCGAGACCCAAUGCUGCAGCACCCGCGUAGCAGGCGCGUCGCGGCCCCUCGAAAUGCCAAUUUUCAGGAUUUCGGGUUUUCAAAUUAAACGAGAAAAAUCGUUAUUUUUUUAUUUUUUUCGAUUCCCCGAAAUUACUUUGAACAAGGCAUUAGAAAUCAAUAAAAACCAUUUGAACGAAAAAUGUCGGAAAAAAAUUUUUGCGAGAUGUGUUUUUCCGCACAUGCGCGUCGGCGUGGCGCUGAGCGUAUUUAAAAAUUUUUGAAAUUUGUUCCUAUUAUUUUGUAUUUUUUUCAAUGUUUCCUUUGUUGUUCUUGUGUAUUUUUUUAUCAGAAACGUCUUUUCAGAGUACUCGAAUGUACGGUGAAAGUUGAGGUGAUGCAAAAAAAGCACUUUUUAUUGAAAUUUUAAUCAACUAUUUCUUGGUGCUCUUUCAAAAAAACAUGAAGAAAUUUCUUACCAAAAAUUUUUUUAUUUAUCUAUGAAAUAUAAAACUCAGGAAAAACAUUCAAGAAGGUUUUUUUCAUUAUCCUUUAAAUUCGCUUUGGAGUCCAAAUUCGAUCAAUUUAACUUUGUUAUCUUUGUGGCGCGAUGAAUCUUGUCGCAAAAGCCUUUUUUCUGAAAGAACUGUUCCAUAAUUUGCAGAAAACAGAGCCGCAAUGGCUUCCGAUGGCUCUGGUGGGAGCGAUGAGCAUUUGCGCCGGCGGCGUCGGCUUUUUAUUGCCUGAGACCAAGGUAAUUAUUAUUUUAUGAACUGUUUUUCGAAACUCUCUCAUUUUUCAGUCAGUUCCACUUCUUCCGGAUAUUCGCAGCCUGACGAGAGUCACUGACGAAGAUGCCGUCAGUGAGGUUGACGAGGAGGAACGCGACCGGAUCAUGUCGUGAGUGGAGAAGUUCAACUUAUAAAAAGUUGUAUAUUUUUUUGUUUUUUGCAUUUUAGUUGAUUAUGACCUUUCUUAUUGAAGAUCUUCAUUUUUAUGAAUAGCCUCAUCACGGCGUUUUUUUGAUCACGCCCGGUCCAUAGGUUUCCCGUAAAGUGUAGUGUUUCAUGUGCAUGCACUGCGGCGCCCUUGCACAUGUUUUCGAAGUAAUUUUAGCCAAUUUUUCUGGAUUUCUGAAAUUCAGUGAUGUUUCUGGCGGCUUUUUUGAACACGGCAACAGAAAAAUUGCGUUUUUUUCAAGUGAUAAACCGAUUCGUCUCAUGACCCAUUGAACAUGCGCCUUUAAUAUUCCUUGUUAAUUACGCUUGUUUCUCAUGACGUCACAGGGGUUUUGACUCCGCCCCCUUCAUUUUUGGUUCCACAUUUUUUUCCACUAGCCGUGUUGUUUCAUUAUGAAAAAAAGAUGACAUAGCACUGAUUUCUGUUUCAGGUACCACGGCAGUCCAAUAGACCACUCGGACGUCCGCGUAACCGGCCGAAGCUUCGCCCCGACCAACGAAUUUUGA